UGUCAGGGCGGGAGGAUCCGUGAGCCUGAGCAGCACGCAGUGGCCCGCGCGGCAAAGCAGAAAGCAAGCCUAACAGAGUGCACUGAGUGGCAGUGGCAGCGGUGGCACAGGCAGCCCAGGCAGUCCGGGCAGCCCAAACAGCCUCAGAAACAACCUCUACUACUCCAGCUGCUCCGCGGACUGCGAGCUGUAGCGGUAGAGCCCGCUACAGCAAUCGCAGUCUCCGUGGAGCGGGCGGAAGCCUUUUCUCUCUUUCGUUUACCUCUUCAUUCUACUCAAAAGGCGUCGUUCACUGGGAAAAUCCUUUUGUGAAUAAGGAUUCCACAGAUCACAUGCCAGAGAGGUCUUGCCUCAACUGCUCUCAACUUUGUAAUCUUGUGAAGAAGCUGACAAGCUUGGCUGAUUGCAGAGCACUAUGGCGACUAUACGAAAGUGGGUUUUAAUUCAGAUAUUUCAAGUUUUCUGUGGGUUGAUACAGAGAACCAUCACAAUCGUGCCUGGUAUGGACUUGUUGUCCGGGACGUAUAUAUUUGCGGUCCUGUUAGCAUGCGUCGUGUUUCAGUCUGGCGCCCAGGAGAAAAAUUACACCGUCCGAGAAGAAAUGCCAGAAAACGUCCUGAUAGGCGACUUGUUGAAAGACCUCAAUUUGUCGCUAAUUCCCGACAAGUCCUUAACGUCUCCAAUGCAGUUCAAGCUCGUGUACAAGACAGGGGAUGUGCCACUGAUUCGUAUUGAAGAGGGUACUGGUGAGAUCUUCACUACUGGCGCUCGCAUUGAUCGUGAGAAAUUAUGUGCUGGUAUCAUGAUGGAUGCCCAUUGCUUUUACGAAGUGGAGGUUGCUGUUUUGCCGGAUGAAAUAUUUAGACUGGUUAAGAUACGUUUUCUGAUAGAAGACAUAAAUGAUAAUGCACCGUUAUUCCCAGCGACGGUUAUCAACAUCUCAAUUCCAGAGAAUUCGGCUAUAAACUCUCGGUAUGCUCUCCCAGCGGCCAUUGAUCCUGACAUAGGAAUAAACGGAGUUCAAAAUUACCAACUAAUUAAGGGUCAAAAUAUUUUUGGGCUUGAUGUCAUAGAGACACCAGAAGGAGACAAGAUGCCACAACUGAUUGUUCAAAAGGAGUUAGAUAGGGAAGAGAAGGAUACCUAUGUAAUGAAAGUAAAGGUUGAAGAUGGUGGCUUUCCUCAACGAUCCAGUACUGCUAUUUUGCAAGUAAGUGUUGCUGAUACAAAUGACAACCGCCCUGUGUUUAAGGAGAAGGAAAUUGAAGUUAGUAUACCAGAAAAUGCUCCUGUAGGAACUUCAGUGACACAACUCCAUGCUACAGAUGCUGACAUAGGUGAAAAUGCCAAGAUUCACUUCUAUUUCAGCAAUCUAGUCUCCAAUAUUGCCAAGAGAUUAUUUCACCUUAACACCACCACUGGACUCAUCACAGUCAAAGAACCCCUGGAUAGAGAAGAAUCACCAAGUCAUAAGUUACUGGUUUUGGCAAGUGAUGGUGGAUCAGUGCCAGCAAGAGCAAUGGUCCUGGUAAAUGUUACAGAUAUCAAUGAUAAUGUCCCAUCAAUUGAUAUAAGAUAUAUUAUCAAUCCAACCAAUGGCACUGUGGUUCUUUCAGAAAAUGCUCCACUUAACACCAAAGUUGCUCUCAUUACUGUAAUGGAUAAGGAUGCCGACCAUAAUGGUAGAGUGACAUGCUUCACAGAUCAUGAAGUUCCUUUCAGAUUAAGGCCAGUAUUCAGUAAUCAGUUCCUCCUGGAAACUGCUGCAUAUCUUGACUAUGAGUCCACAAGAGAAUAUGCCAUUAAAUUACUGGCCGCAGAUGCUGGCAAACCUCCUUUGAAUCAGUCAUCAAUGCUUCUCGUCAAAGUGAAAGAUGAAAAUGACAAUGCUCCAGUUUUCACCCAGCCCUUCAUAAGUCUUUCUGUUCCUGAGAAUAACUCCCCUGGCACACAGCUGACCAAAAUAAGUGCAACAGAUGCAGACAGUGGACGUAAUGCUGAAAUCAGUUACCUUCUAGGUACUGAUGCCCCAUCUGAAUUCAACCUGGAUCAUCGAACAGGCAUUCUGACUGCAGUGAAAAAAUUAGAUAGAGAAAAACAGGAAAAAUAUUAUUUCACUGUUCUGGCAAAAGAUAAUGGGAUGCCACCAUUAAUGACUAAUGCCACAGUCUUAGUAACCGUCCUUGAUCAGAAUGAUAACAGCCCAAUUUUCACUCACAAUGAGUACAACUUCUAUGUCCCAGAAAACCUUCCAAGACAUGGCACAGUAGGACUAAUCACCGUAACUGAUCCUGAUUAUGGAGAGAAUUCUGCAGUCACUCUCUCCAUUUUAGAUGUGAAUGAUGACUUCACCAUUGACCCACAGACUGGUGUCAUUAGGCCAAAUAUUUCAUUUGAUCGAGAAAAACAAGAAUCUUACACUUUUUAUGUAAAGGCAGAGGAUGGUGGUAGGGUAUCACGCUCUUCAACUGCAAAAGUAACCAUAAAUGUAGUUGAUGUCAAUGACAACAAACCAGUGUUUGUUGUCCCUCCUUCCAACUAUUCUUAUGAACUGGUUCUCCCAUCCACUAAUCCAGGCACAGUGGUCUUUAAGGUAGUUGCCAUUGACAAUGACACUGGAAUGAAUGCAGAGCUUCACUACAGCAUUGUAGGGGGAAACACAAAGGGACUGUUUGUAAUUGACCAAACAACUGGCAACAUCACACUGAAGGAGAAAUGUGUGGUUGCAGAUCUUGGUUUACACAGAUUGGUAGUUAAAGCUAAAGACUUAGGACAACCUGAUUCUCUCUUCAAUGUUGUAAUUGUCAAUCUGUUUGUGAAUGAGACAGUGACCAACGCUACACUCAUUCAUGAAUUGGUGCGCAAAAGCAUUGAAGCACCAGCGACCCAAAAUAUUGAGACAGCUGAUACAUCCUCACCAACCAGUGACUAUGUCAAGAUCAUGGUUGCCAUUGUUGCUGGCACUAUAACUGUUAUACUAGUGAUUUUCAUCACUGCUGUAGUAAGAUGUCGCCAACCACCACACCUUAAGGCUGCUCAGAAAAACAAGCAGAAUUCUGAAUGGGUUACUCCAAACCCAGAAAACAGGCAGAUGAUAAUGAUGAAGAAAAAGAAGAAGAAGAAGAAGAAGAAGCAUGCCCCUAAGAACUUGCUGCUUAACUUUGUCACUAUUGAAGAAACAAAGGCAGAUGAUGCUGACAAUGAUGGAAACAGUGUUACACUAGACCUUCCCAUUGAACUGGAAGAGCAAACCAUGGGCAAAUACAACUGGGGCACUACGCCUACCACCUUCAAGCCUGACAGCCCUGAUUUGGCCCGACACUACAAAUCUGCGUCUCCACAGCCAGCCUUCCAGAUUCAGCCUGAAACGCCCCUGAAUUCAAAGCACCACAUCAUCCAGGAACUGCCUCUUGAUAACACUUUCGUGGCCUGUGAUUCCAUCUCCAAGUGUUCCUCCAGCAGUUCUGAUCCCUAUAGUGUUUCUGAGUGCAGCUAUCCAGUGACAACCUUCAAGACUCCUGUGUCUGUACACACCAGACCGCCAAUGAAGGAGGUUGUAAGAUCUCGCACCCCCAUGAAAGAGCCAACAACUGUUGAAAUCUGGACUCAUCCUCAACCACAGCGGAAAUCCGAGGGGAAAAAGGCAGGAAAGUCCCAGCGACGUGUCACAUUUCACCUACCAGAAGGCUCUCAGGAAAGCAACAGUGAUGGUGGACUGGGAGAUCAUGAUGCAGGCAGCCUUCCCAGCACAUCCCAUGCUCUGCCCCUUGGCUAUCCUCAGGAGGAGUACUUUGAUCAUGCUGCACCCAACAACCGUACUGAAGGAGAUGGCAACUCUGAUCCUGAAUCUACUUUCAUUCCUGGAUUAAAGAAAGCUGCAGAAAUAACUGUGCAACCAACUGUGGAAGAGGCUUCUGACAACUGCACUCAAGAAUGUCUCAUCUUGGGCCAUUCUGAUGCCUGCUGGAUGCCAGCUUCUCUGACCCAUUCCAGCCCUUCACAGGCACAGACCUCUGCUCUAUGCCACAGCCCACCCCUGACACAGGCAUCUGCUCACCACCUCAGCCCUCCAGUGACACAGACCAUUGCUCUCUGCCACAGUCCUCCAGUGACCCAAGCUAUCGCUUUGUGCCACAGUCCUCCAACAGUACAGGCCUCUGCUCUCCACCACAGUCCUCCUCUAGCACAGGCCACUGGACUUCACCACAGCCCACCCCCCACACAGGCCUCAGCCCUCCGUUACAGCCCUCCCUUGGCUCAGGCUACUGCAAUUCGCCGCAGCCCGCCUCUGCCACAGGCUGCCUCUCUCCACCGCAGCCAAGUCCAGCCACCAAUGGGUUUGCAGCAAGGUUGGGUGCAAGGUGCUGGAGCUGAUGGACUGCAUUCUCUUGAUCAGGGAGUGCAAGGUAGUGCUAGAUCUCAGUUUUACACUAUGUCUGAAAGACUUCAUCCCAAUGAUGAUUCAAUUAAAGUCAUUCCCUUGACAACCUUCACACCAGGCCAACAGGCCAGACCCUCUAGGGGUGAUUCCCCCAUUAUGGAAGAACAUCCCUUGUAAAGUUAAAAUAGCUAUUUCACAUUUUCAGACAGAUGUAUAUAUUCAAAGUUGAAGAUCCAAUUUCAAGGAAUAUUCCAAAUUGCUAGGUUUGUAAAUAGCUCUGUAAAUAGAAACAGAUACCAGAAAAAGACUAGAGCUAGACCCUUAGUCAAAAGUUAAAAAAUAUAUUUAAAAUUUUUAAUUGAGAAUGUGUUUUAAAAUGAAACAAAAUUUAAAAAUUCACAUCCCUUUGUACAGCAAGGCUUAUCAUGACAAAAAUUAAUAUGUAGUGUAUACUAUUUCUGAUGUACUGUUUUUUUUUUCAUUUUUUACCAUGUGCAAUAUUACUGAUUUCUUCCUUUCUGAUUUUCAUGGACUCAGUAAGUAGCAAAUGGAAAACUAGAAAAUAUCUUAUUUUCCAAGUUUAUCUUUAGUUUAUCUAAACAUUGGUUCAGAUAACAUUAAAAGGUAUAAGUACUAUAGAAUUUUUGUUUGCAUUUUAAUUUGAUUUUUGUUAAUUUUUUGUCUCUAAUAUUUUGUUAUUAGUGUUUCUAUCUUCAAAAAUCUACACUAGGUAGUGUAAAUAGCUCUUACAGUUUUGUCUGUCACUGUUUUUCUUAUGUUUUCUACCUUUAUUUCAAGAAUAUAUUGAUAUAAUUUGUACACACAUUUUCCAAACAGAACUUAUAAUCUGUACAGAUCUAUAAACCUAUUUCUCUACUCUUUAGUAGAGUUCGAGACAUUAAAGUGCAAUAAUAUGCCCAUAUUAGGCAACUAUUUGCCAAAAAGGGCUUAUUUUUUUUUUAAAAAGAGAAAAUGUGUAUCUUUGUAGGUAGUGUAAUGUACAUCAGAAAUAAUAUCAUAUCUGCCAUUUUAAGCCUAUAUUCCAUCAUUAAUUGGAAUUUGUAUAUAAAAAUCAUAAGGAAGGUAGAUGCAUUCAAUGCAUGGUUGAUUUACAGCUGUUGUUGUAAACUACUCUUUGGUAGAAACAAUCAGAAAGAUUUAAAUGAUGAUCUGACAGCUCAAUAGGCUGUUCCAAAAGAUGUACAGUACAAAAGACAAACAAAGGAAACUGUAGAUAAAACCCUCUACUAAACAUAUAAGACUAAGGGAUUUUUGUCAUUCUAGCUCAAUUUACUGAAGAAAACCACUGAUUAACAAGAUGAAAGUCAGAAAGGAACUUUUCAAUAUACGUAAUUAUAAAUCUACAUUGAUAGUAUUACAUUAGAGAAUUUCCAGCAGAUGUGCAGAGGGAGAAAUAAAGUUCAUGACUGCUACUUGGGGUAAAUAAGAAAUACUCCAAUAACACACACACACACACACAAAAAAAAAAUCCAACAAAAUCUCAUAUGAAACAGAAUAUGUCCUUCUAAGCAAAGAAUACAGUAGUAUUCAUAGGAAACAGUAGUUUUCUUCUGUUGUCUAUUCUUUAUUUUUCUGUGUUUUACCUGCUCAGCUGAUCAUUAUCUUCUAUGUGCACAUUUCAUAAAUUAACAGAAACAUCACCAAGUUAACUUUCCUCCAUAACAAAAGCAAGAAAAUGUCUUGUUUCAGUAUCACACUAAACCAAGAGAUCAUUAAUCUUUUAUGGGGGGGAGGGUCAAUAUUUCUUGUUGAUUAAAUUAGAUGUAGACUUUGUAAUGUGUAACUUGAAGAUAUGUAAUUUAUGAUUAAACAGUGUGUAAAUGUUGUAAUAUAAACUGUGGUAAAUGUAUAAUUUCAUUGGUGAAGGAUUCUACUGGAUGUUGAGAAAGCUUCUCUUCAUGUGCCCAGCAGGUUAAGUAGCGUUUUGAGAAUAUAUAUUGUUCCCAUUGUGAAACAGUUUAAAUUGUAUUUGAGUUGGUGUAUAGAAUAACCUCUUAACUUUUAACUAAUAGAGUUUAAUUAGUGAAUUUUCAAAUUAAUUAGAACUAUUUUUUCCUCCUUUGUGUGUGUUAGUGUUCCAAGUGAUUUGGAGCAUAUUGGUUUUCCAGGUGCACAUGAAUAUUUGAAAGUUUAUUGAAAUAUGAUUAAGUGUAUGUGUUGAUAUUGUUGUUGCUAUUGCUAUUGUUGAUGAAGAAUCUAAACCUGGGGAAGAUAAAGAAACCCAGAAUGACAAAAUCAGUGCUUCCAGUAGAUUUUAGAACAUUUUUUUUUUCUUUCAAAAAUUGCAGAUUGUGUGAGAAUUUUUUUUCUUGUAUUUCAAAUACUUCCACAUUUUCCUCUCUAUUUACUUUAGUUGUGAUCUAUACAUGCUCAAAUUUUAAAGUAGAUAAAAAGAGAAGCUGAAAAAUUAUUAAAAUUUUAUUGUUAAUCCUAAUGAUUACUCUCUUGUUAAUGAAAAACAGAAAUCAAAGUUGUAUAACUUGGGAAAUUUUUCUGAUAGUGCAAAGUAUGGAUUUACUAGGAAGGCUCUUAAAAGCUCAUGUCUAAAAAGGUGUAAAGUUUUGAUACCUUUCCUAGAAAUAUAGGAAUGAACAAAUAUGCUUUUAUUACCCUUUCUAACUCUGAUUUUGUAAUCAGACUUAGAUUGUGUUUAGAAUAUUAAACAACUGGGCACCCUCUUCUGGGUUUGUACCAGAGAGGAAUUGAAUGGAAGCAGGCUGGAAAUAGCCAAAGAGGCAAGGGGUGUGAGCCCAGUUAUUCUCCCCUAUGCAUUCUCUUUCUAAGCUUCCACUAAGUCUGGCCUUGGAGAACUGUAACUUCUGGGGCUUCAGAUUUGAUGAGAUCUUUCUCAUCACCUUACAAUUUUUUUCUUUGGAUGGAUAGAGCUGUAAGUUGACAAAGCUCACAGGUGGCUCUUCUGAUAUGCAAAAUAUCUAGUUAUAAAACUGCAAAAUGUCUUAGUUUACUAUCAAUCAAGAAAUGUUUCCCUCAGAAAAAGGAAGAUCCAAUUUGGUUUAAAAUUAGAAUUUCAAUUUGAAUGAUUUGAUACUGUAAUAAAUGUUCAGCCAUAUUGGUUAUUCUGUUUUGUGGCCAUAUUCACCUACAUUUUGAUCAUUAAUUUUCUAGUUAUAGCAUUAAUAUACCACAUUUGUAAGUAUGCUGUCACUGUAUCUCAUAUGCUAAAUAUAGACACAUUAAUUUCUUGAACAAGUUCUACUAAUAUUGUGUCAGUGUAUUAAAACUAGCUUUUACAUAUAAUACCAACCAUGUAAUAAACUUAGAGAGUACAUUUUGCAUAGUCUCAUUUUAUAAUUUAACAUUUUACUUUUAAUUAUGUAAAUUUGAUUAGAAAAAUUAUUAUAAAAUGAUUAGUGCUAUUGUGUAAUGGUGACAGUUAUGAAGAACAUCUGCCUUCCCAAACUCAUAUUUGUCACACACUUUCAUUAAAAUGGGGAAAAUGGACUAAAAAGAAAUUGCAGAUUGGGCAGUCCUUAAAAUGUAAUCACAUCGCACUCAAAAACACCUUUUCAGUCUUGGGUAAAUUUAGAAAUUCAGUGGGUUUUACUCACAAACAUUUUAACAUUAUUUUUUUUUUGUCUGUAUUAAGGCUGAAAUGUGCAUAUAUUUCCUAAAUACACUUGUAAAAAUCUACAAGUUUAGGUUUUUAUUUAUUUAUUCUCUUCAUUUUGUUUUCCACUGUGAUUAUAAUUUCUUGUUUUUCAUCUUUCAUAUUUUUUGCCAACCAAAUUUAUAGCUAUGUUAAGGUAAAUUUUUCUCACAAUUACUAGAUAUAAUUUUGGCUAUUUUCAACUAGCUCAAUUUGCCUAGAAAACAUGGAAGCAAGAGAAAAUGAGCUAUAUUUAGAUACGAACCAUUUAUAUUAUGUGCCAAUUGCCACACUGGAGAAAUUUCAUGCAGAGGCCUUAAAGUAUUCAUUCACACUAGAUUUCUUAUACUAACCAUCCUUCUGCUUUUCAUAGAUAUGAUUUUUAAAAUCAGUGAAAGUUGACAACAGCAGGAGUAGAAAUGAAAAGGCUGCUCAAAAAAAAUGUGUGUGCACAAAUGAAAAAAAUGAAGGCAAUUGUGUAGUGAUUAUAUGUGAUGCUUUUAGGAAUAAAAUGUGUAAAAUUUAUGCUGUCCCUACUUAAAAUAUUUGGAAUUUUAUGAAAUAUGUAUUUAUGUUUGUGUUUUUGGAAGAUUCCUCCUCUAUGACAUCAUACAGUAUCUGAAAGUGAACAGUAUCUCAAGGCAGCUCUAAACAUGCUUUGGACGUGAGAUGGUUGGAUAUUCUAUGGCCCAGGAUGGCAGUAUGUAGUCCAGCGGCAAAUGUGUAUUAAUGUUCUAUUUCAGGUUCUGUAUUGCAUGUUUUCUUAUUCAUUAAUAUAGAUAAUAAUAAAAUAAUUAU